AUGAUCUUCCUCGACAUCCCGUCACGUUCUAGCCUCACCGACAAACUCCUCCUCCUCCUCAUCCAACCCUUACAUUCACCCCAUCCCCGCACCCUUCCCGCCCCCGCCCUUCCACCCGCCCUGUCUCCUCCUCAAAACUGCCACCCGCAACCCAACCCCCCUAUCCCCACAUGUGCACAGACAGCUGGCCCGACACCGACACCCACUGCCCCGGUACCACCUACCUCCACAGGCUCCACUACAAAAAGCAAUACCACCCAACAUCCAAGCCAAACCUUUAGUAUCCCCAUUCCCACUGGGCCGGUGUCCCUGCAAAACAGUAACGGCUCAACCCAACCGAACCCAACCACCAACAACAAUCUCCCCCACCCCCACCCAGUUCCCGCGAUCAACAGGAUACAGGAUACCCCAACAAAAACAAAAACACUCACACGGAAAGGAAAGGAAAGGAAAACCACCCUCAGCCAAGCCCGCCCGCGCGCGGAUAUUCCACCUCCAUCACCCAUCACCCACCACCCACCACACACACACCGAAGAAGCGUGCAUGCUAGGAUGUUUCAGUUUAUUGCAAUUCAUGUGACGGACCCGCAACCGCAACACGGGAUUGUCAAUAUAUGCGAUGGCACUGGCGUUGGAACCGAAACGCUGUACGAACGAAAUGAGCAACCAAAGACCCCGUCACGGGGGAAUGGAAUGGUGCCGUAG